AUGGAAUCCACCGGGGUUAACUGGGUGCUCGCCAUGCUUGCGGGGGCUCUGCUGUGGUCCACCAGUGGCUCUGCGGCGCCCAUGGAGUGCCACUUUAACUCCAGAGCGCUGUGUGUCUACGAGGGGAGACAGUACUCGCUGGGGGAAACCUGGAUGGACAACGCCUGUCUGCAGUGCACCUGUCUGCACCCUGUUGGUGUCGGUUGCUGUGAGACGGUGCAUCGGCCGGUGGAUUUUCCUGCAUGGUGUGAGGUACAGGUGGAGCCAGUGACCUGCAAAGUCUCCCUGGUCCAGACGGCUGACCGCCGCCUGCCCUGCACCCCGGGCGAGGAAAACAGGGACCCCAGCCAUGGAUCACUCAAGCUACAGCAGCAGCUAGAGGGCUAG